CUCCCCCGCUCCGAGCGAGGCCAGCCGCGGGCCGCCGCCGCUCCGCCCUAUGGCGAGGCUGCGGGGCUGCCUGCGCCGCCUGGCCGGAGCGAUCCGCUCCCUGCUCUUCUGGUCCCUGGUCUACGGCUACAGCGGGCUCUGCGCGUCCGUCCACCUGCUCAAACUUUUGUGGAGCAUCGGCCAGGGGCCCGCGCAGACCUUCCGGCGGGCGGCCCGGGAGCACCCGCCCGCGUGCCUGAACGACCCCGCCCUGGGCACCCACUGCUACGUGCGCAUGAAGGAUUCGGGGUUAAGAUUUCACUAUGUUGCUGCUGGGGAAAGAGGCAAGCCACUCAUGCUGCUGCUUCAUGGAUUUCCAGAAUUCUGGUAUUCUUGGCGUCACCAACUGAGGGAAUUUAAAAGUGAAUAUAGAGUUGUUGCACUGGAUUUGAGAGGCUAUGGAGAAACAGAUGCUCCCAGUCAUCGAGAGAAUUAUAAAUUGGACUGUCUAAUUACAGAUAUAAAGGAUAUUUUAGACUCCUUAGGGUACAGCAAAUGUGUUUUAAUUGGCCAUGACUGGGGGGGCAUGAUCGCUUGGCUAAUUGCCAUCUGUUACCCUGAAAUGGUGAUGAAGCUUAUUGUUAUUAACUUCCCUCAUCCGAAUGUAUUUACAGAAUAUAUUUUACAACACCCGGCCCAGCUAUUCAAAUCUAGCUAUUACUACUUCUUCCAAAUACCACAGUUCCCAGAAUUUAUGUUCUCAAUAAAUGAUUUCAAGACUUUGAAACAUCUCUUUACCAGUCAGAGCACUGGCAUUGGAAGAAAAGGAUGUCAAUUAACAGCAGAAGAUCUGGAAGCUUAUAUUUAUGUCUUUUCUCAGCCUGGAGCAUUAAGUGGUCCAAUUAACCAUUACCGAAAUAUUUUCAGCUGCCUGCCUCUGAAGCAUCACAUGGUAACCACUCCAACAUUACUACUGUGGGGAGAAAAAGAUGCAUUCAUGGAGGUUGAGAUGGCUGAAGUCACGAAGAUAUACGUUAAGAACUAUUUCAGAUUGACUAUUUUGUCAGAAGCCAGCCAUUGGCUUCAGCAAGACCAACCUGACAUAGUGAACAAAUUGAUAUGGACAUUUCUGAAAGAAGAAACAAGAAAAAAAGACUGAGUUUUCUUUACCUUCUAUGCAGGGUCUGUAAUGAAAGCUCUAAUUUUUAAAAAUUAUUCAUCUUCUGUUUUGCUAGGGGAAAAAUCUGUUUUAAUAUGCUUUAUUAUAAAUAAGUAUCUUGAAAAUGGUAUUGAAAAAAUGUGAAUGUGUGAACAUGUGAUAUAGUGUUGAUUUUUACCUGAAAUAUUUUUCACAGAAAAGUAUCUGCCUUAAAAUGUACACUUGUACAAAAAGGAAGUUGGGGAACAUGGCUCAGUUUUGGUUUCUUGUUUUCUUUACCUUGUUGACAUAAGGUGCCUUUUAUAAAUAAAGAUUAAAGAUUAGUUGUGCCAUA